AUGACUUUAAAGGGCUUUUGGAAUGCUUUAACUGCAAUUUAUCAUCAGCAAAGGCAGAACUACCGCGGUAUUUCAAAAGUGCAUUUGCAUUUGCGAACUAAAAAAGAAGCAGAAUAUUCAAGGCGAUUGAACUUGGCACAAUUAAAAUUUUUCUUAGAGAUUCUUCUUAUUGAUUUAACCCGACAAUACGCGAAAACAUUUACAGUCACGGGCUGUUAA